CCAGCUCGUCCUUUCGAAUCUCACCUGCUCGUCCUUCUUCUCUUUGCCGCGCCCUGAUAACAACGACCCUCCGUCCGACUUCGCUUCCACCUCCUCCCCUAACAGACCAAAAACACUGCCAGCUUCUCCAGCAGCACAGUUAUUUCCCCAUUUUCCACACAAAAUGGCCUCUUUCCAGGAUCGUGCUCAGCACGCCAUUGCCCAGCUCGACAAGGAGCUCUCCAAAUACCCUGUGCUCAACAACUUGGAGCGUCAGACCUCCGUUCCCAAGGUCUACGUGAUCCUGGGUCUGGUCGGUAUCUACUUCUUCCUGGUCUUCUUCAACAUCGCGGGUGAAUUCCUCGUCAAUUUCGCCGGUUUCCUCAUCCCUGGCUACUACUCGCUCAACGCCCUCUUCACCGCUGGAAAGGCCGAUGACACGCAGUGGUUGACGUACUGGGUUGUCUAUGCCUUCUUCACCGUGAUUGAGAGCGCCAUCAGCGCCCCCUACUGGUUCCCCUUCUACUACAUCUUCAAGUUCGCCCUUGUCCUCUGGAUGUCUCUUCCCCAGACCAACGGUGCCCAAGUUGUUUUCCACUCAUUUAUCCAGCCCGUGCUCGGCCGCUUCUUCGUUGGCGGCUCCACCUCGGCCAACCUCCGCGCUCAGGCCGAGGCUGCCGCCAAGGAGCAGUAAAUAGCUGGCCGUGAGUUCGGGUGAUCUGUGGCCUGGUCUCGAUCAGCCAC